AUGUCGUCGCAGGACGCUCCCUACGAUCCCUAUAUCCCCGCCGGCCAGCAGGGCCAGGGUCAACAGGCCGGAGGAAAUGCGCGGACGCAGGCUCUUCAAGCUCAAAUUGACGACACCGUCGAUGUGAUGCGUGAGAACAUCAACAAGGUCUCCCAGCGUGGUGAGCGCCUUGACGCUCUCCAGGACAAGACCGAUAACCUAGCCGUCUCAGCACAAGGCUUCAGGCGUGGCGCCAACCGUGUCAGGAAGCAAAUGUGGUGGAAGGACAUGAAGAUGCGCAUGUGCAUUGCCGUCGGCAUCGUCAUUCUCCUCGUCAUUAUCAUCGUACCAGCUGUCGUCACAUCUCAGAAGUAA